CAGCGCGUAUUUGCUUUUCUUGUUGUCAAUCCGCCUCGCCUAGCCUCGCCCUGCAGGCCAAAAUAUCGCGGACGGAUUCACCGCGGACCCUUUUUCCUUCGUUCUUUGUUUUAUUUCGCCGUUUUUCACUCGCGUUCGCCCACCGAAAGGCGAAAUCCUUUUGUCCAACACGCGCAGUGCCGAUGAUCACCAGUUAGUGACCAUUCUGGAUAUUUACACUUACACCCUUCUCCCGGCGGAACAUGGACGUUGCUGGUGGAAUGAGGCCCAUUUUUGGCGGAUAUCCUUUUCAAGGCCAGGGUCGAAUGAACCAGCUCGGUGGGGUCUUUAUAAACGGUCGUCCAUUGCCGAAUCACAUCCGUUUGAAAAUCGUCGAGAUGGCAGCGGCGGGUGUGAGGCCCUGCGUCAUUUCCCGGCAACUCCGCGUCUCUCACGGCUGCGUUUCAAAGAUAUUGAAUCGCUACCAAGAGACGGGGUCCAUAAGGCCCGGUGUCAUUGGGGGCAGCAAACCGCGAGUAGCGACUCCCGAGGUCGAAGCAAGGAUCGAAGACUUGAAGAGAGAGAAUCCUGGAAUUUUUUCCUGGGAAAUAAGGGACAAGCUUAUGAAGGAGGGAUUUUCCGACCCUCCAAGCGUCAGCUCCAUCAGCCGACUUCUGCGAGGCGGACGUCCUGGCGAAGACGGGAAGAAGGAUUACACGAUUGACGGGAUUCUCGGCGGUGGUCGUUGUGGCGACGAUUCAGACACCGAAAGCGAGCCCGGUAUUCCCUUGAAACGCAAGCAGCGUAGGAGCAGAACAACCUUUACCGGCGAUCAGUUGGAGCAACUCGAAGCCGCCUUCCUGAGAGCCCAAUAUCCAGACGUCUAUGCCAGGGAAGAACUGGCCCAAAGAACGGGCCUCACGGAAGCUCGAAUCCAGGUCUGGUUUAGCAACCGUCGAGCUCGUCUCCGGAAGCACGCUGGAAGCAUAGCUCAUUCAGUGGCGAGUCUGCCUUUGACGCCAUGCCAGUACACGGGAUCGCACGAGCUCUCGCAGAUCCCACAGGUUCCGCAAAUGCCAGUCGGUAUUCCCCAGGUGCCAACAUCGCUCCAUCAAGCAUCGACUAGUCUUCAUCAGGUCCCCGGCGGGGUUCCCCAGGUCCCAACGAGCAUGGGCCCCGCUUUGGGACACUCGGCAUCGCUCAGUGGGCACCUUGGCUCGCUUCCUGGACACGUCAAUUCCAUGCAGAUGAGCCAGUCCUCCUCACCCCUGCAGCCUCCAGCCGCCCACGCGACGCCUUCUUCCAUCAGCCACAAUCCAGGAAACUCUGACUGGUCUCGGACCCAGCUAGGAUGGGGUCAGUUCAACCAAUUUCAAACCAGCGAGUACUCUGCUCAUCCUGGAGGACAUCACUCCGCACAUCCUGCCCAUCCUGGACACGCGACUCACGGUAUUCAGGCCUCCGUCGCCAGCGAGUGGGUCGGCUAUGAUCAAGGGUACGAUUAUUCUCAGGCCCAGGCUCAGGCCCAAAUCAACUAUCAUCGUAGCGUCGGCGGGAUAUUUUAGCGAAGAAAUAAAUUCAAUGUACAUAACACGUAUACGCGUUCGAGAUCGCAUGUACUAUAUUGUAAAUGGCACAUAUAUA